CAUAAAUUCCAACCUUUUGUUCUGGCCUUUUCCAUAAAUUCUUCUAAUGAAAGUCUUGAAUACUUUCUCUAAUGUUCGAGUUGGGUGAAGCAGAGAGGGGAGCGAAAGAUUUUCGGGAUAGAGCUAUGGAGAGAAGGGAAAAAGCAUCAAUAACAGAAGAUGAGGUCUGGAACAGAGAAACGGCACCAAAAGUUAUGAAGAUAGUGAGUACCAGACUCCCCCAAAGAGACCUCACCUCUUUAUUGCUUCUCAACCCUUGGGUUCGCAGCGCACUCAUCACCCACCCCUCCCUCUGGAUGGCGCUUGAUUUUCAUGAGAUGAACAAUGCCGGGAGUCGCCUAGUCGCUGCCCUUCAUCUGGUGAGAUAUCAAAAUGUGAGGCAUAUAAACCUUGAGUUUGCACAGGAUGUGGAAGACAAGAAUCUCCAGGAUGUCAAGAGCCAGUGUGGCGAUUCUCUUCAAAACCUUGCAACAUUGAAUUUAAAUGGUUGUCAAAAGAUCUCUGAUACGGGGAUUGAAGCUAUAACCAGUAUUUGUCCCAAACUGAAGGGGUUUUCCAUAUAUUGGAACGUAAGGGUUACUGAUGCUGGCAUAAUGCAUUUAGUAAGAAACUGCAAACUUGUGGUUGAUUUGAAUUUAAGUGGGUGUAAGAAUAUUACCGAUCAAGCGUUGCUUCUAAUUGCAGACAACUAUCAAGAAAUCGAUUCACUGAACAUUACUAGGUGCAUCAAGCUAACGCAUAGUGGCUUGGAAAGAAUGUUGCUGAAGUGUUCUUUCCUUCAACGUCUGAACCUUUAUGCCCUUUCUACAUUUACUGAUGAAGCUUACAAGAAGAUAUCACUUCUGCCUCAUCUGAAAUUCCUGGACCUCUGUGGUGCCCAGAAUCUAACAGAUGAUGGGCUUUCUUGCAUUGCGAACUGUAGAAGGCUCCUGUCUCUCAAUUUGACAUGGUGUGUAAGAGUUACUGAUCUUGGGAUCAAAGCAAUUGCCCGAGGCUGCAUGUCCCUUGAGUUUCUAAGUUUGUUUGGGAUUGUUGGGGUGACUGACAAGUCCCUGGAGGCACUGUCAAGCUUCUGCUCAAGCACACUAACAACUCUGGAUGUGAAUGGCUGUAUUGGCAUUAAGAAUCGCCGCCGGAAUCAACUGCUUGAAAUGUUCCCUAACCUGAAGUGCUUCAAAGUGCAUAGCUAAUCUUUGAUUAUUUGAGAGAGAACACGGGUUUUCCAAAAAGCGCCGGUUUUACAAGACCAUUCCUUGUGAAAACAUCCUCAGAUUAUCAGAUUUCAAGAAUUUAAAAUGCUGCCAGCUCUGACGCAUGCCUAUUCGGUUUUGCUCCGUAGACUUCCAAAGCUAGACAGCACAGCGUUUCUAUGGAUUUAUAAUUUAUUUAAGUUUUGCCCGCAAAUUAUAACGCUAAUCUGGCGGUAUUGUGUUUCUUUGUUGCUCAUUUUCCUCCAAAGGAUGUUCGCUGUCCUUCUCUCGGUGGGCUCGUACUCAUUCUUUUGUGUUCUGCUAAUUUUUCUAUAAAAGUUAUUGUUAAAU